GGGCAGGGGGCGAGGCUGAAAUUUCAAAUAUACCCGGUAAAAGAACGGCUGCGGCGGAGGCAACGGAACUUGAGCGUUUUAAAUAACAAAUACAGUGAUGGAUAAGCUGACCUUUCCCUCUAUUCCGGCCACGGAUCUGGUAAACUUUUUACGCCAGUACGUUCUGACUGGAACCGAAUCCAAAAACUUCAGCAAAGCUGAUAUUUUUCCCAAUCCAAAGCCUGAAGUGAUGCAAAGGCUCUACAUGAGAAUCCUGCAGCAAGUGUUUAAUUAUGGAGUGGAGCGCUUCUAUAUGGUGCCUAUGAAUCUUGACAUCCAGUAUCCAGAUAUCGUUGAAGGCUUUGCUCCUGUGGCACAUAUUCUAAAACACAUGGCACGCUUCAUGCCAAUGUGUCGAGUGUAUGAUUUCCACCCAUCAGAUGUCUUAAAUCCAAAAGGAAAGCGGACACUGCACUUGCUGAGUGGGAUUGUAAACUUCAUGCACUUCAGGGAAACUCGGAAGAGUGUUUACUCUGAAUAUUGCUUGAGCUAUAGAGCUGCUUUGGAGAACAUGCAUCACUUGCAGAAAGCAAAUCAAGAAGCUGAAGCCAAGAUAGAGAAACUUAUGACAGUUCCACCAGAACAACAGGCGGAGUUUAAAGCACUGUCUUCCGACAUUCAUGAUCUACAGCAGACCAUAAGCCAGGAAUAUCGUGCAAAAGAUAUGUCUUUUCAAGACAAAAUAGCACAUCAAAAAACAGAUUUUACUGAAAAGAAUAAGAAGCUGAGUCAACAUAAGCUAGCUAUUGCCACUAUGAAAGAGGAACAAGAACGCAUGAAAUCCCAAAUUGUGGAAUCUCCGGAGCAGCGCAAAAGUAAGACCGAGAGGAUGAAGGAAACGGUACACAAACUGAAGCAAUCCAGGCAAGAAGCGAGUGAGAAAUGCGAUUACUACAGGGAACGAGUCACCAUUGCUAGUCUGUGGCAGUCUGAUGUGCAAGGCUACAUAAAGAAACUUCAGAGUGUUGAGGCAAACUUGGAGAUGCACAGGAAAAUCCAGGAGGAGAUCAGACAGAGUGAAGAGCAGAUUGUUAAAUUCAAUCUUGAGUUAAAGGCCUUCUCUAAUGAGGAUGCACAGCUGAAAAGAACCAUUCAACUCAAGAAAGAGAAGCUUCUAAAACUGUACAUUAAAAGUAAGAAGAAGCAGGAGGAUUUUAACCAACAGAAGCAGGAAAUCCUUGAAAUUUGCAGUCAUAUCCAGGAGAAGAGACAAGCUAUGCAUGGACGUGUGGCUCAAGUAAUGCAAGAAAUUCAACAAACAACCAGCAAAAAAGAGGAGCUCCAAGAAACGUGUGAAAAAGAAAAUAAGAAGUAUCAGGAGGUUAUUACGGACUUCAGAGCUGCGUUGGAGAAAUACCAUGACAGUUUGCAGAAGGCAUCUGAUCGGAGCUCAGAGCGAAGAAGAGAGAUGAUUGCAGAACUGAAUCGGAGGUUGAGUCGCCGAUAGCAACAUGGUGCUUGGCAUUAGCGUUUUUUUGUAUAUAUUUCUGUUUUGUAUAAUAAAGCUUGCUGUUUGUGUUACGUUCAUGUAGUAGUCACCACUGUACAUACGCUUGACUAUUGCAUGCAGAGCUGAUGCAAACUAGAAUGUUUAAAAGGGGCACUCUGUAUCUUCUGUUAAAGAAUUACCCUAGCAUCUAUUAAGCAAAACCUAUACAAUUGUAGAAAAAAGGCACAUAUUAUGUACUAACUUAACUUUUAUAGAGUAAAGUUUCUAUUUGAAAUA